AUGGAAUUCGAACCUGAACUCUAUUUAUGAUUCAUUAUUUCUAUCUCAUUGGCCCCUGUUUCUUAUUUCAGCAUAAGCAUAUUGAUUUCCGCCUAUUCUUAUAUCUUAUACCCUUUCAUGGGCGAAUUCCGCAUAUUUUCACAUCUAGAAUUUUCAUAAAUUUACAUAUACAACAUAUAUUACUGUCAAGAGUGAAUUUCUUAUUAUUUAGAUAUUUAGAUUCAAAAAAAGUAAGGAUUAAAAGCUCGAAAAACAAGGAUUGGGUUGCGCCAUAUAUAUGAAAGAGUAUACAAUAAUAAUGUAUUUGGAGACUCAAAUACCAUGACAGGGUCUAAUAACGAACUGAUUAGUUGAUAAUAUUAGUUGAAAUUUUUGUGAAAGAUUCCUGUGAAAGGUUUCAUUAACGCCUAAUCCAUGUCGAGUAGACCUUGUUGUUGUGAGAAUUCUUAAUUUAUAAAUUUAGGGAGGGACUUAUGUCACCACAAACAGAGACUAAAGCAAGUGUCGGAUUUAAAGCUGGUGUUAAAGAUUACAAAUUGACUUAUUAUACUCCUGACUAUGAAACCAAAGAUACGGAUAUCUUGGCAGCAUUCCGGGUAACUCCUCAACCUGGAGUUCCGCCUGAGGAAGCGGGGGCAGCGGUAGCUGCCGAAUCUUCGACUGGUACAUGGACAACUGUGUGGACCGAUGGACUUACCAGCCUUGAUCGUUACAAAGGACGAUGCUACCACAUUGAGCCGGUUGCUGGAGAAGAAAAUCAAUUUAUUGCUUAUGUAGCUUACCCUUUAGACCUUUUUGAAGAAGGUUCUGUUACUAACAUGUUUACUUCGAUUGUGGGUAAUGUAUUUGGGUUCAAAGCCCUACGCGCUCUACGUCUGGAGGAUCUGCGAAUCCCUUCCACUUAUGCUAAAACUUUCCAAGGCCCGCCUCAUGGUAUCCAAGUUGAGAGGGAUAAAUUGAACAAAUAUGGUAGACCCCUAUUGGGAUGUACUAUUAAACCAAAAUUGGGGUUAUCUGCUAAGAACUAUGGUAGAGUGGUUUAUGAAUGUCUUCGCGGUGGACUUGAUUUUACCAAGGAUGAUGAGAACGUCAACUCCCAA